UUUGCAACCCGCCGAAGCAACAGCAGAGAAGGAGGAAAAAUGUCGCUGGCUUCGACACGGACCGUUCUAGGAUCAGUGUCCUUUUAGGAUAAAAAAACCGCCGGCGAGACGAUUAAAACCGGCUGUGGCGUUGCUAUGAGAGAUGAUAAGCUUCAUAUAUCUCGACAACGAAAGUGACCUGCUCUUAACAAUCUGAAUGUGGGAGGUUUUACCUCGAUAGAGAGGCAGUUCACACGGUUUAGAUAACACCGCAUGGGCCUCCGAGGUAACCCGAUCUGAUAAUUAAAGCCUGCGGAGCCGCAGACAGAGCGGUAACAUUUCAGUGAAGACAUGGACCCAUCUACGAGGGUGGUGGGUCUGGAUGCCCAGGGGAACAUGGUUUUCACCGUGGUGAAACCCAUCAUGGGCAUCUACCAGGUGUCUUCAGAGCAGACGGGUUGUGUUGCACAAGGGGGCAUGGGGCUGCAGGGUCUAUCCGAAAACACAUUGAUCCUCCCUCAAGUGCAAGGCCAGGCGCCGCUGGACCAGAACCAGAUGGAAAUGCACACCAUGCAGCCUCAUAUCCCGAUGCCCCAGAUGCAGAUUUCUUGCCCGAUCCAGACUGAGGUCGUGUCCCAGAUUCAGGAGCCGCCGCCAAACUCGAGCACAAAUCCAGAGUCCGCCGCCCACAUGCCGUUUGCGGAGGUGUCGUCACUCCUGGAUCCCAACAUGAAAGGCUCCAAGGCUCGGAAAUAUCUCCUCUCGUAUGAUGAAAUCAAGCGGCGCCUGCAGGCCCCGGAGAAGAUGUCCCUGCGCUCCUUGGCCGCCUACACUCGGGUCAGCAGAGGCCCGGCCAGCAAGAAAACCCUCCUGGAGUCGCUCAAUGUUCUCGGCCUCACGCCGAGCACGACGACCUCCGUGUCCUCCUCGUUCUCCAAGCUCACCGAAGGCGACACCACGGCUUUGUGUGACGACAUGAAAGACUUUGCCCAUGACUACAUCGACUACAGCAGCAUGUCGAAGCAGCUCAUCCCCGAGACCAACACAGUUCAACACUGGUCCAAAAUUAUUGAAACUAAGAACCACCUGGAGGAUAUGAGAAGAUGUUUCCAGGACCCGGUGAACAGCGGUGCGUUCGACAACGUCACCCACGGCCUGGGUUUGGGAAUGUUGGACGUUGCACUGGACAUGAUCGUCAUGGUAAUUGAACAGCAGAUCCGGAUCCUGUCCGGGGCGGCGGCGGCGGACCCGGUUGACUCCGGUCCCCCGAUGCGGCGCAUCCGCAGGCGCCACCGCAAAAGCCGCUCGACUAACAACGAGAACCCUCACAAGGCGUCGGGGGGGGUCAAAGAGCCGGGGAAGGCCACGUCGAAAGGCAAAGGCCGAGGCCGAGCCAGGAAGAAGGUAAGGCAGGAAACUGGAGCUGCCGUUCCUAUGGAAACCCAAGCGGAACAAUGCAAGCCGGAUGAUGUGGAGAAUAACGUCCUCACCCUGGUUUCUGUUGGGUAUGAGACCGUUUCCAGUGAACUCAAUCCAGCUGGAACUGUUUGACACCUGGUCACACGACGGGUCCAAAGAACCAAAUCAUAGUCCCCCAUUCAAAAGGGAUUUUCAGCGAAAAAGGGAAACAAACUCUGCACGAGUUGAGCUCCCGCGAGGGAGAUCAUUGUGGUGAUGAGCUCAGCAUCAAAAGGAAUCGUUUGACAUUUUGGGAAACUCACUUUCUGGCCAAAAAUCUAACGAGAAGAUAGAUAAAAAUCUCACGUCUGUACGCUAAAUAUGUAACUUGAGCCAGCAGGCGAUUAGCUUAGCAUAGACUGGUACGGGGGGGGGGGGGGGGGGGCCGCUAGCCCGGCCCUAUCCAAUGGUACCAAAAUCCACCUACCAUACACUGUGUGGUUUCAUGGCUACAAACAGCUCUAACAUUGCGCGGUUGAAUUUCAGCCGAACGAUGUUGAAACGGAGCGGCUGAUAUUGGCAGCGAGAGCAUCAAGUUGUAUGUUUUACUGAAGGUACAAUGUCUUUUUAUUUUUCCUGUUGUAUUUAUUGGUUGUAUUUGCAAUUGAACAUCUGUUGUUCUGUAUUAAGAUUGUUAAAAAAUGACUUUUUAUGGGAACCUCAAGAGUUGAGUAAAGAUUUAAUUUUCAUAACUACCUUGA